UUAUCGACGGAACAGCCGCUCUUCCGGUCCACAUGUAAACGUUACAGCGUGACUGACAGACCGACAGACUGAGACUGACAGACUGUAACUGAGCUGUGUACAUUCACAUUAAACACACUGCUGCUACAGUCUGCUGGGAACAUGAAGCUGCUCACACACAACAUGUUGACGUCUCACGUGAAGGGCGUCGUUAAAGGAUACCCGCUGCUCAUCAAGGCAACCGAGGUGAAGAUGAACGAGGUGGAGUUCAACCCUCAGUUUGUCAGCAGGAUGAUCCCCAAACUGGAGUGGGGCGCUCUGGUCGAGGCUGCAGAGGGGUUGGGUCAACGGCAGGACCUGCCGGGUGAGCUCGUGCCAGACUACGAGAAAAACGAAGACUUCCUGAAGAAGGUGCACAGAGUGCUAUUAGAGGUGGAGGUGAUCGAGGGCUGUCUGCAGUGCCCUGAAUCAGGACGAGAGUUCCCGAUCUCCAGAGGAAUCCCCAACAUGCUGCUGAACGAAGACGAGGUGUAGACGACACCAAACACAACCUCACCCCAAACUGUCACUCAGAUUGGACUGUGGGAGAGAGAGAGGGAGGCUGGACUUUAAGUUGGUGCCAUGAGAGAAUUGGCCACACUGUUUGGUUGAUUGUAGUUAUGACAUUUAAGUGGCCGAUGCUGCCAGUGGAAGAAAAAGAUCUGAAGAAUAAUAGAUGGAAAUGUUCCCCGAGAGGAACCCCCAGUGGUUUUAUCUGUAUUUAUUUUUGUAACUGUUUGGGUUUUUUCGUUUUUGUUUUUCAAUAAAACUGCCCUGAUUUCCACGACA